CAUUUCUCCAUGUUUUUACAUGUCACACGGGGAUUUCUUUAAUCAUCUAUGUUCUCUCAGAUCGUGACGGCAGCAAAGGGGCUAUUUUCUCGACAAGACUCCAACGGGGCAUCCCUUCAAAACCUGCACAGUAAUUCCGGCAGUACCUCCACCAGCACCAGCACCGGCGCCAACACACCGAAAAUGGUCACGGCAACGAGACAGCGGAAAUUUACCGCUGAGAAGCCCUCCACAGAGCCCAAUGCCAAUGGUUCAGCUGAGACGAAUGGAAAGCGCAAGUCCGAGCCUGUGGCUGCUGAACCGACUGAGACGACCCAGACCAACACCAACAAGCGGAGGAAGAGGAGCAGUCUAGAGGCGGCGCAAGAACCGGAGAGCAAGCCCUCGAGCAAGAAGUCGAAGACGACGGAGAAGAGUGAACCCAAGCAGGAGCAGGCAUCUGCGCCGGUGCCGAAGAAACACUUCCGCUUUGAUAGUGAGGAGCCGGAAUUGCCGGAGGUUGUUGCUGAGGAUACUACGGAGACGCGACAGGAAGUUGAGGAUAGUGAAGAUGAUAGCAGUGAUGAUGAGGCCCCGGAGACUGUUGAUAACUCGGCACAGCGGUCGAAGAUUAGACUGGAAGCUAAGAAGCAGGAACGGGCUAAGCAAAUAGAGGAGCAAUUGAAGAGGGACAAACGGAAACAGUUGGACGAGUUGCGCAAAUCUCAGGCGAAGAUAGCAAAGAAGAAGGAAUUGAAGUCGGAUGAUCUGUUGUCGGAAAGCACAGAAACCCUUCAGGGAACCACUACGCAAGAUGCACGACGAUCGGCCCUCCCCGCUCUCCUUCCCGACGAUAUUUUGAAUGCAGCACCCGAUGUCCGGCCACCGACGCCUCCUGCGGAAGAAAGGACUUUCAUGCAGCAGAAGCCCAACAAGCUACGGUUCCUGGACAAGAAGGAGAAAGCUCCGAAGGAUGUGCGCAUGGGUGAUGUCACUAUCCGGGUGCUCGAUGGGGAUGUAUCGAAAAAGUCAUCGAAGACAACUCUCCCGCCAAAGGCCUCAAAAACUGGACGCAAUGCCAAGCAGAAUUGGCUCAACAAAUCCCGCAGCACCGGAAGCUUGAAUGGCAUGAGAAGGACGACUGGCGGUUCCUCGGGAUUUGUGCGCAGAUAGCAGGUCUUUGGCGCUCUUUCACACCUUACCGUCUCGAAAAUCGAUCUAAGUUCUAAUAAAAGCGCUCUGGAUGCAGCAAUCAAUGUAGAGUUAUGACGAACACUAUAGAAUAGCAGAUUGUGCUACCACUUAUGCUCGGGAGCAGGGAUGGAAUCCACAUCCUUUUUGAAACGAU